CUUGUUUUGACAGUUGAAAUAAAUCCCAUAAAGUAACGUUAGCCGUCAGCUGUCAAGCAGAAAGAAAUGGUGUCACUAAACAAAGCGUGGGAAGAUGGAGAUACAAAACAAAGACAUUUAAGCUGUCAAAGAAACAUUUCCCACUCAAGAGCUGCACAAAGAGAGUAUCUGACUGAGUAACAUAAUGGGUAACUUAAGUCAAAACAUACCUGGGCAAACCACACAAAGCAUCCUCCUCCUCACCCCCCGCCCCCUCCCACGCCACCAUACUCUUCCCCUCGCGCACACCGGUAGUUGUCAUCAUGGCGAUGGAGUCAGCCAUGGCGUCGGCUCCAGGGGUUGUUGCCAUGGAGAUCCCGGUGCGAGGUGCGCUCCCGGUGGUUGAGGAGGACGAGGGCUACAGCGCGCCGACGCCGGGGUCCGAGGACACGCUACGGUAUCGCCGAGGAGGAGGGAGACGGCGGCGCGGGGUGCCGUUCAACCGGGGCAGCUACUACAUGCUGAUAGUGAUCGGGGAGAUCGGCACGGAGCACCAGCUGGACGCCGCCAAAGCGCAGAUAGAGCGGGGAAUUCGAUCCUGGGACGUCGACCUCAAGUGCUGCGACCUUGAUCAGCAGCUGCAGCUGUUUAUAACUCGCCACUCUGCCCACUUCUCCUCCGAGGUCAGAGGACAAAGAACUCUCCACCACAGAAGUGAUGUCCUAGAGACCGUGGUGCUUGUCAACCCUUCAGAAGACACCGUUGUAUCAGAGAUCCAGUCUCUGGUCACAGACUCAGCGGGACAGAAGCUUCUCGUCUUGAGUGGCCAGAGCUCAGAUCACGGUGGACUUCUUCUUCAAACUGGGGUUUUUACCUACCAGACCUUUUCUCAAGUUUUUGCUGAUCCUGGGGUCAGUGAAUUACUCGGCACAACAGCCCCCAAGCAGCAGGCAACACUUACUGUGUCCUGCCGCGGGGAGGUGGGCUGGAGCUCCCUGGGACAGCAGCAGACCCUGCGGGAGUUCCUGGAAUACAAACUAAACCCAGAGUCUGUUCUUCUCAAGAUGGAGGGCGUGACAGAGUUCACAGAGUACAUCUCUGAGACGGUUGACGUCCCCUCACCUUUUGACCUGCUGGAGCCACCCACAUCCGGAGGGUUCCUGAAACUUUCCAAACCAUGUUGCUACAUCUUUCCCGGCGGACGAGGAGACUCUGCUCUCUUUGCUGUGAAUGGCUUCAACAUCUUAGUGGAUGGAGGCUCUGAACGAAAAUCAUGCUUCUGGAAGCUGGUUCGCCACUUGGACCGCAUUGACUCGAUUCUGCUCACACACAUCGGUGCAGACAAUCUCCCAGGUAUCAAUGGGCUGCUUCAGAGGAAGAUAGCAGAGCAGGAGGAGGAGCAGUCUCAAGGCUCCACCAACUAUAGUGACUGGAUGAAGAACCUGAUCUCUCCUGAACUAGGUGUGGUAUUCUUCAACGUGCCAGAGAAGCUCCGCAUGCCAGAAUCUAAUCUCAAAGUGAAACGAAGCAUUGAAGAGGCCUCGCUGACUUUGCAGUACCUUAACAAACUAGGAAUCAAACCGGAGCCUCUCUUUCGAGUGGUCAGCAACACCAUUGAGCCCAUUACUCUGUUCCACAAGAUGGGAGUGGGCAGGUUAGACAUGUAUAUUCUCAACCCUGUCAAAGACAGUAAAGAGAUGCAGUUUUUAAUGCAAAAAUGGGCUGGCAACAGCAAGGCCAAAACUGGUAUUGUGCUGCCCAACGGCAAAGAAGGAGAAAUAUCAGUGCCCUACCUGACAUCAGUUACAGCGUUAGUCGUCUGGCUUCCUGCCAACCCUGCAGAAAAGAUCAUCAGAGUGCUGUUCCCUGGGAAUGCACCACAAAACAAGAUCCUUGAGGGGCUGGAAAAAUUAAAGCACCUUGACUUCCUGCGCUAUCCUGUAGCCACACAAAAGGACAUUGCCUCAGGAGCUCCUCCAUCCGUUAUAAAACAAACAAAGUUAAAGCAAAGAACAGACAGCAAAGAGAGUCUCAAGUCGUCCCCGAAGACUACUGCAAAGGCCUCAAAGAAGGAAACUGAAGGACAAGAUGAUGUGUCAGCCGCCACAGAGGCAAAGAGUGAUUCUGUCAAGGAAAAUAUCUCAGAGAAAAAAGAGGAGAAAAAGCCUACGAAAACUAUAAAAUCUAAAGGUGAUGUGCCAGAAAAGAAAAAACUCCUUAAGGAAAAAUCCUUAAAAAAGCACUCGAAGGAGAGAGUGUCAAAAAUGGAUGAGAAAAAGGACAAGGAAAAGAAAGAAAUCAAGAAGAUAAAGAAAGAUGACUCUGUUAAAAAAGAUGAAAAGAAAGAUGUCAAGUCCAAAGAUGACAAAAAAAAGGACACAUCCAAACCAGAGCUGAGAAAAAUUACAAAGCCAGACCUGAAACCGCUCACGCCAGAAGUGAGAAAGACAUUACACAAAGCUAAGGUGUCAAGUAAAGCAAAGACAGGAAAAAUCAAAGCAGCAAAGGUGUUACCUGCUGAGCCAAAGCCAGAGGAGCCAAAACCUGAAACUACUCAACCUGAACCAAUAGAGAAUGGAGCUGUUGAGGGCACGUCUGUUCCUUCAACCCCAGAAGACCUCACCAAGGAUUUUGAAGACAUGAAAAAAGCUGAAGUUGUAGCUGUAUCAGCAGAGCCUCAAGACAGUAAUGAGCUGACAGCACAAAGCCUUACCCAAGAGAAGCAGGAAGCACAAGAAACUACAUCUGAAAUUCCACCUGGCACAAAGUCUCCAGAAAAGGAGGUCCCGGAAGAGAAAACUGAAAUUGAAGACAAAGACCAGGUUUUGACGCAAGAGAAAGAAAUGGAAGAGGCUCAAAAGUUUGAGGAUGAAGGAGCAGCAACUCAGGAUGAGGAUGAGGAAGAGGAGGAAGUUGAGCCUCCUGCUGCCAAAAAGAAAACAGAAGAGGAGGAGGAAGAAGAUAUGGGAAUAGGUGAAGAGGAAGAUGAAUCAAAGGAGGUAAAGGACGAUGGGCUUGACACAAAACACGAGAUAGAAGAAAUGGAGAAAUGUGAAAAUCUCUCAGCAAAGGUUGUGGCAAAAGAGGAGCUACAGAUGAUUCCAUCUAAAGAGGAGGAGGAAGAGGAGGGAGUGGAGAAAGCUGAACUGGAGGAAGUAGAGGAUUUAGAUGUCAUAGCAGAUGAGGAGAUCAAACCCAAAGAUGCACCUGAAGAAGAAAUGGUCACUGAAAGCAAAACAGCUGUAAUUCCAACUGCAACUGAAGAAGAGGAAGAAGAAGAGGAGGGCUACUUGUCACAUGUUGCAGGAACUACGGCUCCCAUUACCUCAGUAGUUCAAGGAGCUGCUGCAGCCGAACCUAUCUCUUACAUCCAAGAUGAGACCAUACCCGGCUACUCUGAGACAGAGCAGACCAUCUCUGACGAGGAGAUUCACGAGGAGGCAGAGGAAAGGAUACCACACCUUCAGUAUGAUGUCAGCGCUUACGACAUUUCCGUUCCAGAUCAGACCGGAUCAUUUGUAGACAUCCACGGCAUGAGGGAGAUGCAAGCUGCAGCUGAGAAAAGUUUUAUCCCAGGUGUGCAGGAGCAGGUGUCAGUGUUCACCAACAUCAUCACUGCUCCUCUGGCAGAAGAGGAGCAUGUGUCUUCUGCAACGUCAAUCACAGAGUAUGACAAAGUCUCCUCCUUCCCUACUUCUAUCGCCGAAGACCAAUCUGUGGCAUCCGUCGCAGCACCUCCAGCUGAGGAACCACCCAAAAGCCCUGUUACCUUGUCGACCCCACCUGACGCCACCCAGGGUAAAGAGCAGCCACUCUCUGCAGGGACUCUUUCACCACCUUCUUUAGAAGAAGACAAACAAUCCAAGUCUCCAUCUGAUGACUUACAGCUUCCUGUUGCAGAAAUGAAGCCGCCAGCUAAAGCUCCUGAAGCUCACACUGAGGAGCAGGAAGAAGAGGAAGAAGAAGAAGAGGAAGAAGACCAAACUCCUAAUGUUGACAUGUCACUUGAAAAACUUCAAGAGGGCUAUGCUUCAUCCCAGUUAUUACAAGAUAAAGAGACAGAAAAACUUGUUGGCUCAGUUUCUCCAGUUUCAAUACAAGACACCAAACCAGACCACCUACCAGUUGAAGAAGAGAAUAUAGACGCUGUUGCGCCUAAAGAUAGUUCAUCUGUUGUGCCUACCAGACCUUUUGGAUCAGACUCAGUAACUUCAGAGAGUGAAGAGCGCUGCUUCAGUCCGGAUGAUAUCACUGUGAAAAUGGCCUCCCCCCCGCAGUCCGGACCACCAAGUGCAGCACACUCUCCUCUUCGCCAGUCACCAGUGGAAGACAAGAUGAAGGUCUUCCCUGAUUUAGAGCUGCAAAAGGAAGCGGAGCUCCCUGAUGUCAUCACAGCAACUGAAGACAAAACUAAAAGCAAAGAUGAAGCAGAAACACAAAAAGAUGUUGACAAGCAGAAGGCAGAUCAGCAGGAAGUAGAAAUUUCAACAUCUUUGGACGAGCCAUUUGAGACAAAGAUAAAAGAAGUUUCUGUAAUAAAGGAGUCAGAAAAAGACACUUCAUCUGUGCCAAAAGAUGAAGGCAAACAGACAGAAACAAUCCCUGUUGUUGCUAAAUCUUUAACAGACGUACAGCCACCUGUGUCAGCAAGGGAUUCGCUCAUGUCACCUGGACAAAGUGAUGAAGAGGGUGAUGACAGGCUCAAAGACAAAGAACCUAAAGUGCCAGGUAGAUUUCCGGAGAGUCGUGCUCUGGAUGAUGAUGAUGAUGUUGACGACAAGAAAGAUGAUGACGACAAGAAAGAUGAUGACGACAAGAAAGAUGAUGAUGAUGAUAAAUCUGCAGUUAAAACCAUCAAGGUGGAACAGGAGAAAGAAAAGGACGACACCACCGAUGUCAUACAAGUCAAGGAUGAACAAGAACAGAAAUCUGACAUCCAGGAAGACGUUUCUGCUGUUAUGCCCAUCACUGAUGAGAAAGCACAGAAAGUGGCAAUAAAGGAUGAUACCGCCGAUAUUAAACCCGUAAAAGAAGAGCAAAUUGCAAAAGACAUUGUCACUGCUGAUAGAGCCAUUAAAGAUGAACAGAAAGAGCCAGAAAAAGACCACACUCCUGAUGUCAAAACUACUAAAGAAGUAGAGACUGAAGUUGUUCCUUCUGAGGUCAAAGAAAUCAAAGAUGAGCAGAGGCAGAGAGAUGAUGAUUUUGACCUUAAAACCAAAAGUGAGGUUGAGGAAACUGACAUUAAAAAGGAUGAUAGUGAGGUCUUGAAAAAGGAGGAGAAAAAGGAGACAGAAAAGGCUGAUACUUUGGAUGUAAGCUCAAUAAUGACUGAAGAGAAAGAAAUCGAAAUAGUUCACAGCACAGAUAUCACGCCGAUUAAAGAAAUGGAGAAAGAGGCAAAGAAGGACGAUGUGCCCAUCACUGAGCCUACUGAGGAUGAGAGGAAAAAAGAGAUAGACACAUCUGAUAUAAAAGUGGUAGAAGAUAAGAAAGAGGAAAAGGAGAUGGAAAAGAUAGAUGCUUCUGCCAUGGAGCCUUUUACAGAUCAGCAGAGGGAAAAGGAGAAAGAGAUGGCGGACAUCACUAUUGCUAAACUCACCAAAGAAGAAGAGAUAAUUAGUAAGGAUGAUACGUCUGAUGUUACCAUGAAAGAAGAAAAGGGGAAAGAGAUUUGCAAAGAUGCUGUCACACCCAUCAGCCUCACCACGGUGGAAGAAAAGGAUGCAACAGUGAGUAAAGAUGAAAUUCCUGUCGCCAAACCAACCACAGAGCAAGAAAAAGAGACAAGUAAAGAUGACAGUUCGGAUACCAAACUUUCCAAGGAGCAGGAAGAAGACAUCACAACAAUCAAGGAUGAUGCUUAUGUCUUCAAACCUACUAUAGAAGACAAGAAGGAAGACAUAAGUAAAGAUGAUACUGCUGCUGUAAAACUUACCAAGGCAGAAGAAAAAGAUAAACUGCCAAAAAUGGAAGAUACUUCUGCUGUUAAACCAACGCUUGGACAAGAAAAGGAUCAAGAGCAAAGUAAAGACGAUACCGCAGCCAUCGAACUUACCAAGAUGAAGGAAGAGGAUUUGAAAGUAUGUAAAGAUAGUGAUUCCUCUGAUGCAUCAACCAAGGUAGAAGCAAAGGAGAUACCUAAAGAUGCCGUCAUACCAGCUGUAGAGGAUGAAAAGGUGCAAGAAACAAGUACAGAUAAAGAUGUUACUUCUGUGGUCAAGCUCACUGAGAUGGAGAAGGAGGAUGCCAUGGUGAGCAAAGAUAUUUCCCCUGUCAAAACAUCCACUGAUAAAAUUGUUGCUCAACCCAUGAAGCAAGAUGAAAAGGAGAAAGAAACCAGUGAAGAUAUUUGUGCUGACAAAUCAGUGAUAGAAGAACAAAAGGAAAAAGCAGUAGAUAAGGAGGAAACUUUCACUGAGAAACCAUCCAAGGAGGAAGAAGUGUCAAUUCAGGAUCACAGUGUUGCUAUCAUACCUGUGAAGGAGGAAAAAGAUACAGUAAUCAUCAAGGAAGAAAUUUUACCCAAGCAGGAGGAAAGCAUAGACACUGCUUGUGUAAAACCCCCUACAGAUGAGGAGGAGAAGGUAGAGUUAGUUACGUCUGAAGUAAAACUCAUCAAGGAGGAGGCAAAAGAAAUCCCAAAGCAUCCUAUUUGCGAAAAAGAAAUUACAGCAACAGAGGAAGAAAGAGAAAAAGACAAAGACAAAGAAAAAAGUUCAGAUUUGGUAUCUAUACAAGAGCACAAGGAUGAUACUUCUGUCGAAACUAUCAAGGAUGACAAAGAGGAGGAAAAGAGUGACGUCUCUGAUAAACAAAUGAAAACACAGGAGGACAAAGAGCAGGAAAAGGCAGAUUUCUCUGAUGAUAAACAAAUUUUGGAGAAAAUUAAGGAUAAAGAAACUGAAAAAGAUGACAUGAAAAAAGAGGAAGAAACAGACUCCAGUAGUGAGCAACCCAAGGAUGCAAAAGAGAAAGAGCCAUCUAACAUUGAAACCAUUAAGGCCGAAUUUAAACAGGGCAGUUGUGAAGCUGAAUCCAUCAAACAGGAGACAGAUAAGCAAAUACACACUCCAUCAUUUAGCACUAAAGAUGAGAAAAAAGGGAAAGAUGAUUAUCCUUUUGAGUCUGAAUCUAAGGGAGAUAAUAAAAUAGAGAAAGAGCUUCCCGUGUCCCAGACCUUGGAGGGGGACAAAACUGAAAAGGAUGAUAUUUGUGGCGUUGGUGAUAAGCAUAUACAUGAAGAAACCUCUGAUAAGCCUUCUGGAACUCAGAAAGAGAAGGAAACUUUUGGCGGAACAUCAAUAGAAAUGCAGCAAGACAUUUCUGUAACUACUUCAAGUGAAGACCUGAAACCAGUGAAAGAUAACAUUUGUGUGUCUCCCAGCCACAUCCAAGAGGAGAAAAAAGAGCAAGAUAAAGAAGUAAAGACCGCUAUAUGUCAAGAAGAAAAGAUGGAGAAAGAUGACACACAUGUUGCUGAAUUGAGCAAAGAACAAAAAAUGGAAAAAGAGCAAGAAAAAGAGUACACCUAUGAGACUGAUGACUCCAAAGAUGAAAAAAUAAAACCAGAAGAGGAUGAAAAAAUGAUGAAAGAAAAAGAUGUUUCAGACAAGACAGAUGAGAAAGACUCCUCUGAUGCAGACCACACCAAAGAGGAGAAGUGGGAGAGAGAGGAGUUACAAGAGAAAGACCUGGACAAAGCAAUUAAACAACCUGCACAGACAGUAUCAGGAGAAGCAGCAUCCAAGUCAGAUUACAAACCUGCAUUUGUGGUUCAGUCCUCCGAUGAAGACAGAGAAGAUGAAGAGGAGGAGGACAUUUGUAUGGGAGGUGCAGGCUCCAGACCUUUGUCAGUGGAGCCAAGAAAAUCUGAUCAUGACAUCUCGUCCGCUGGCCUGCCCUCAUCCCAACAACCACAGACAAGUGACCAAACUAAACCACCGACAUCGCAGCAAAUCACAGUGAUCAUACCAACACUUACAAUGCAAGAGCCCUCUAUUGAUGAAGACGUCAAAGAGUUUGACAAAGAAGAAUCCAGACUUUCACUCAAAGAGAGCAAAGAUCUUGUGAAAACAGAAGUCACAGCUGCGCCACUUGCUAAGCCAGAGCCAUCCUUUGAAAUUGUCACAUCAAAGGAGCAGGCAACCUCUAUUUCCAAACAAGAAACAGCUUCUGAUGCACCAGCUGCUAAAUCAGAACCAAUGUCAGAUUCAGCUGAGAAAAAGCCUGUGUUGUCAACGGUAUCGAGCACUGACAGUCAACCCAGGAGCUCUACGCUCUCAAGCACUGAGAGCCAGUCCAGUGUUGAGGAAACGCCACAACAAGAGAAACAGAUACCAUCCUCGACAAGCUCAGGAGUCAGUGUGGCAGAAAAGACAAAGCUAGAGGAGAAACCAGGAAAGGAAGCCGAGAGGGAGAUGGAAGGAGAGAGAGAGGUGGCUUCUCCAGGAUUAUCACAGCCUUGUUCAUAUUUUAUGUUGGAUUCUGAGGACACUGGCCACGCUGAAGUUGUAAAAUCAGAUGCUGCAAAAUUGACCUCAGAGAAGGAAGCUGUCAGUGGAAGCAUUGGAGACGAACAGCAAACAUUUGGUACAUCCAAGUAUGAUCCAUAUGAAAAGCCCAUUCCAAAGGAUCAUGACUUGGACUCUCGAGAAGAAAGCGAGGUUUCUCUAGGUUUUGAUCAUGCCUCUGACAUGGGUAUUGAUGAUAACAGAAGAACAAGCCAAGCAGAGGCUGGUGGAGCCAUGUUUCUCCUGGAUGAUCAAUACAAAGAAGAGCCUCUGUCCUUUAGCAGAGUGGACUACAGUCCGGUGUCCCUCACAGAGAGUGAGAGAAGCAGCCACCACAGUCCAAGUGCCUCACCUAAAUAUGAAGACAGAGAGAAAGGCCAAGAGGAAGAGAGUGAGAGAGAAGAAAGACCAGAUACACCUUAUGUUGACAAGAGCUUUUCAUCCGUAGACAUGCAAGAUAACAAAAUGUCCCAGGCUGCUGAGUCUUAUUCUUUCAGUCCCAAAGAAGACAAACCUGAGAAAUCAGAGAAAGAGAAAGAGGAUAUGAAGGAGGGUGCUGCAGCAGAGGGAGUAAGUGAUACAGUUUCCACCAGUGCUACUGUUCAAUCAGCAGGGGCAUCAUUAAGACAAGAAACACCCUCUCCGUCUUGGAGCCAAUCAGAUCUUGGGACCCAAGUUUCAGCUACCUCCAUAGCUUUUGGAGAAUUCACAGAAAAAAGAACAACUGAAAAAGAGAAAGAAAAAUCUGAGACCCUCAAAGACAAAAUGGAUUCUUCUGAUCAUGAAAGAGAGGGAUCUCCCUCUGGUCGGCAUUCACCUGCAGAAAAAGACAUUUUACCUCAACAAGCACCUCCUGUAGAGAAAGAAGGAACUUCAAGUGAGUCAAGGACAGCAUCUACUGCCACAUUUUCAGGACAUGAAAUAGACGAUAAUGUUUUGGCUUCUGACAAUAGUCAAAUUAGCAGCUCUGCCUCUUGUAAAUCCAUGUUAGACCUUCCUGAUGGAAAAGAGAGCCUGAUAGAUAAAAGGUUACUUGUAGAGGGGGAAGAUUUCAAUGUUGACGAUGAAGAAGAUGAAGAUGAGGAUGAGGAGGAGGAAGAGGAGGAGUUAAGUGAUGUAGAUAUGGAAAAGGGUGCCAGAGAACAGUCUGAAAAAGAAAUGUGCAGACGUAGCUCUGGUGAUAGUGCCACAUUAGCAGAAGUAGAGGACUCAAAUAAAAAGUCUGAAUUGCCUGAAUCGAGCUUUCUUAAAGAACCAACACAUGAUGAUGCCUCAGCUCUAGACAAGCAGGACGUGAGUGGAAAACCAGCAUCUCCAGAAACAAAACCACUCAAAGAAGACAUAGCCCCAUCCAAACCCUCCGAGACAAAGAGUGUCGGUGAAACAACUCCAUCAACUGACCCAAGUGCUCAAAAACCGGAUGAAAGUGGUUUCUCUACAUCAGAUGCUCCAAAACUUCCAGAAACAAAGAAAGCAGAGGACACAGACAAAAAGCACUUGUCUCCUGAACCAUCCACACAGAGAAAGUUGUCAUCAGCAGAGGAUUUUAGCUCUCAUGAAGUACCACAAUUAAAAAAAGGAGAUGACGACAAAGUGUCUCCAUCUCCAAGCUUGCUGACAAAGGAAACAUGUCAACCAACGUCCACAAUCAGCUUGACAGGCAGCUUUUUGCCACCUGACCAUUCAGAGUCCACGUCCAAAACUAUGUCUAGUCCCUCCCCUCCUCUAAGCGGUAGCUAUGCCGAUAUUGGACAGAGUAGAUCUGGAGGUUAUUCUGAGCAUUUGUACAGUGAGGAUAGUCAAAUUGGUUUGGAGGAAGAUAAGAAAGAAACCUUUGAGCUUUCAGAUGCCUCCCAGGUCUCCAAACUAAGUGAAGAUAAAUACUACAGCCAAAGAGACAUUCAGGACGAAAGUCUAGAUGACAGACAGACCCUAGAUAUCACCACAAAAGAAGAAACUGCUUCAUCACCUUGCACAUACACCACCUUAACAUACUCUACUUCAACAUACUCCUCAACAUCAUACAGUUACUCGUCCUCGGCCUCAACAUCUGCUCCUUUGAGUCAGAAGUUGGGAGACAAACCCCAAAUGCUGACUGUAAUACCAAGCUCUGCAGUACCUCUAGCCAAAGAGGAUCCAUCAUUUACUGAUAGAUCAUCUACAAGCUCCUGCUUUGGGGGGUUUCAGAGAGAUGAGUACAUGGAGGUGACAUCGAAACCUGCAACAAAGUUACCGUUAUCCAGCCAGUUUGAUGAGACCAAACCAUCAUCUCCAGUCUUGUCUACCACUGCCAAACAAACUGAGGAUCAAAGCGAUUCUGCAAAGCCUGACACAGAAACAACGUUAAGCAGCAAUAGUUUUUAUAUGCUAGAAACAACAUGUGCUAGAACGAUAACAUCUUUAACAUCAUCAGCACCAUCUUUACAAAGUAAUGAACCAGCAAAGGUGCUGACGAGUUCAUCAACAUCAGAGGCUCGCUUUGAUGUCGCUCCCCUCCAAAGGGCUGAUUCUUCUGACAAGGUGUCCCAAGAGUCAUCGGAAGAUGAAGAGCCUGUUACACUUGAAAUGGAGGACAGCACCCUACCAUGUCGUAUUGAAUGUCAAAAAAUGUCUGAGCAAAAGGAGACUUUUCCAUCGAUAAAAGAGUCAUAUGUGGUUGACAGUACCACACAGUCCACAGAGACAAAAACAGUCACCAUCACCUCUACUACCAUUGUGUCUAAACCUGAUGUGGUGAUGGAAACAACUCUACAGACAGCCUCACCUACUUCACUGGGUGAUAGUGGAGCUAGCAAAACCACAUGUGCCACAACAGAUGUGUCCAAAACAGAUGAGAAGGAGAUAAAGGAUAAUGCAGUAGAGGUAAAAGAGGAAAAGACAAAUGGAGCUUUAACAGAAGAUGCAAAGGUGUCAGAAAAAGAUGGCAAGACAGAGACUGCUAAAGACAGUGAAGUCAAGCAGAAAACAGAGGAAAAGAAAAUGGAGGAAAAGACAUGCAAAGACAGCACAGAACAGAAAAUGGCAACAGCUAAUUCAAAGAUGUGUGAAAAAGCAGAGGAUGAUGAAAAAGGAGAGGCAGAAAGAGCAGAUGAGAAAAGCUUUUUGGAGAAGCCUCCAGAGAGAUUGGAGGUCAGGAGAAAGAGCAGCAUAUCUGAUUGGGAGCUUCUACAGAGGCCUGAUGACUGCCCAAGUGCCCCUCCUCCAGGUUAUGGGGAUGAUGAUGAGGAGGAAGAGGAAGCAAUGGAAGCAAUGGAAUGGAUGGCCAGUGUCCAUGGUACAUCUAUGUCCUCCGCUAAAGAUACCUAUCACACAGAAACAUCCAGCACAGGGGCAACAAGGGCUGAUCGCCCCUCUGACUUGAACACAGGAGCCACCUCCUCCUCUGCCUCGCAUGCGGGCUACUCCUCCUGCGAAUACAAACAUCGCAAAGGUGAACUUUCUCCAUCGUUCAUUAACCCAAGCCCUCAUCAGCUCUCCAGCGAUGAGGGGGAAGGAGAGGAGGACGAUGGCAGUGACCACUCCCAGGAAGGAGAUGAGGAUGAUCAGGAGCAGCACUCUGUAAAAAGGAGGUCGCACAAGCAGAGGCACCACCAUGCUCACAGUUACCAUGGAGAUGCUGGACAGGGGCCACACCAGUUGUCUGGCGCCAUGUCAUCUGGUUUGGCUGUGACGUUAGCUGGUGAGGAAACACCUCCGACAUCAGCGAGUGAGUCAUUGCCUUCACAGUCCGAUUCUGAUGUCCCUCCAGAAACUGAGGAGUGUCCGUCCAUAACAGCUGAAGGAAAUCUGGACUCAGACGAGGAUGCUGAACAUCUGCCGGUGGACAAGUUAUCUGGAGCAGGGGGUUGUCACCAUCCUCCAUCACCAAGAUCAGCUCAGAAGACUCAUGACCCCCCACCUACGCCGAUGAAGGACCCUCAUCCACACCCUCCGCACCCAGAUGUGUGCAUGGUAGAUCCAGAGGCUCUUCUCAAUGACCACAGCAGCACAGAAAAACUACUUAAAAAGGAGCACAAGGCUACCAAGGGCCUCAGAAAGGGCAAACCCAAGUCGGCCUCUCCCGCUCGUAAGGGAGAAGUCAGGAAAAGGUCCUCUACUCCAGUCAAGCAGAUUUCUAAGGACUCUUCCUCACCCCGAUCAGCCUCCCUCAGGAGGAAGGACCCAGACAGAAGCUCCAGGCUGAUUAAGAUGUCUGAGACCCAAGGAUCCAGGAGUGAGCUCCUCAACCCAUCAAAGGGCUUGGUCAAUGGUGUCAAGAGCGGUUCAGGUAACAACUCUCAGAAAACUAGCUCGGCUGUCCCACCUGGACCACCCAUCUAUGUCGACCUUGCCUAUGUGCCCAACCACUGCAGUGCCAAGAACGUGGACCAGGAAUUCUUCAAAAGAGUUCGAGCUGCAUACUAUGUGGUGAGCGGGAAUGACCCAGGCAGCGGAGAGCCCAGCCGUGGAGUCCUGGACGCCCUGCUAGAGGGCAAAGCUCAGUGGGGCUCUAAUUUACAGGUGACUCUGAUCCCGACCCACGACACCGAGGUAACCCGGGAGUGGUACCAGCAGACCCACGAGAGGCAGCAGGACCUGAACAUCAUGGUUCUGGCCUCCAGCAGCACCGUAGUCAUGCAGGACGAGUCCUUCCCUGCCUGCAAGAUCGAGUUCUGAGCUUCACGAGCCCCGCUGUGCUCCCCCACCCUCCCAUCCUCCCUGUCCCUGUCAUCUGUUCUCGCUGGAGGUAGAGUGAACAGCACUCUGCUUCCUAAAGGCUUCUCGCUCUCUCAUGGUUCCAGUCUCAAAAUGUAUUUGCUGCAGCCCCUCAAUACACUAGAUUCUGUUAGCUGAAAAUCAAAGUCAAAACUGGGUUUAUGUUCUCUGUGACAGUGGGGUUAUCACGCAAAUAGUAACGUACUUUAAGUUUGUUUUCUUCUGUGCGUUAACUGUCUGCCCUGACACAGCUCUUAUACUCGCACUAACAAUCGUAAAAAAUUCUGAUUAUUUCAAAUAGUAUCAACACGCUUUUUUUUUGCCUCAUAUCUGAUGGAUAAAUGGGCAUCGUUAUCCCACAAAUGCAUAGUGUCACAGUUAAACUAUAGAUUAAUGAGGUGUAGUUCUUAAACUGUUCGGCUCAAAUAUUAAGUAACUCGGAAAUGUAAUACUCCCAUGUGGCAAAUAUCUCAUCCAAGAGGGCCAAAACGAGUGCCAAAACAAUGUCGAAACUGUAGUUAAGUUAUAUAGUUAACUUAUCCAAAAUAUCUCCUAAAUUUAUCAGUGAUCAAUAAUUUGUUUAUAUUGUAUGCACAGUUUUUAGAAGAGUAGACAUUUUUCAGUUAAUUUCCCAUCUGUGCACAUAGCAAAACUCAUCCUUUGCAAUUCUAAUCAUGCUACUGUAGUUUUUGGAUUAACUCAGUAAUGACAUAAAUUGAUGUUCUGUAAAAGACAAAAAAAAAAAAAUUAAAAUUACGUCGUCAUUUGUGGUGAGGUUUUAGGAGGUGCCUGAAGUUGCCACUGUUUAAAAUCUUUCUUCUCAGCUUUCACAGCUUAGCUGGUGCAUGAUGCUUGCGUUUUAGCUUGGACUCUUUCAGAACUGCAUAGGUUAACCCUUUCUUUAGCCAGCCUUCAAGUGUGGAUUGCAGUAGAGUGUAGAUACACUGUUUGGCUGUCUACGCUCAAGUGAAUUCAAUAGGCGCCAGGCAAAAGGACGAUGUCUGUACACUAAUCAUAUCUCUGCUGGAUUUAACGGUUUCUCUCUAAGUCUUUAUCAUGCUCUUUGUUGGUUGUAUGUACUCCAGUAUACAUAUAGGGUAAAUGUGUCUAUAUCAAUACAGAGGUUAUGUUAAAUAAAUUAUAUAUUUUGUGAUGAUGCAGCAAAUCAUGAUGCGAAUGCAACGUUUUUGAUCAUGUGUUUGAGAAGAAGGUUUAAUUAACAUUAUCUGUCAUUUCCUCCUGUUCAGCUACAUUUUUCCGUCUCUGUCAAUACCACAAAACGAUGGGGAAAAAAUAAAAGCAGUGACCUGUGACAAAUGUAGCAAUGAAAGCUUGUCCCUUCAGAGGGAGCGUUACGCCAGUGGAAACUGCAAUACUUAUAUUUAUUAUUGGGGUUAUUUUCAGGAAAAAAAAGUGUGAUGUGUUUUAAAGGAGGCUUCUUUCACGUGCCUUUUAGCUUGUGGUUUUGGAGAGAUGGGGAUAUUUAAAGGACAUGUCAGACAUUUUAAACCAGAGCCAGAAACCAGGGUAAAACUAAGAAAUCAAGACUUUGAAAUAGAGGACCAAUCAACGCACAAACCUUAUCCACACUCGAAAUA